AUGCUUAACUAAGCCUUUCUCUUCACAGUACUUGAGGAACGCUUCCACAAAAUAUAUCAAGGGAAUAUUCUUGCCUUGGAAUCUAUACAAUACUUUAAGUUAAAGAACAUUCGUACUAUUAUAGUAAUUGGAUAAUAAAAUCAUACUAAAUUUACAGAGUAUGUUACCUAUCAUGUACUAUUGAUAAAAUGAUAUAGAGAGUAAAUGACAACAUUGGAGAGGCAAUAAGUAUUUUUGAUAGAACCUGUCAACUUAUUUAGAACGAAAUCAAACGUUCUUCCAUAAUUGUAUGUUGUUAGAAUGGAUUAAAUUGGAGUGCAGCUAUAAUGAUAGCAUAUCUAAUCAAAACUAAGAAAUGGCAAUAUGAGAAGGCCUUUUAUUACAUAAAAUCUUUAAAAACUUUAGUAAAUCCAUCACUAAUACUAAAAAAAUAAUUGAUUUUAUACAACACUAAAAUUCAUAGUGUGAAAAAUUUAAAUCAAGAAAAUAAGACAAGUCAUUAGAAUUUAAUUGUUCCCUCUAAGUUCUAAUAAAGAAUAAUAGAACAAAGUCAAAAAUAAUAAUAUUUAGAUGAUUCCAUAUAAUCUCGAGAAGAAAGACAUUCAACAAGUUCUAAUUAAUGUGAUAAGACUCCAGUUUUUAAUUCUCCAAAAAAUAAUAAUGUUAAUAAAAAAUUAGUUGUUGUAUAAUCAGAUACAAAAAUAAUGAAGAAAUAAAGUAUAACAAAAUUAGUAAGACAUAUAAGAAAUUAUACAUUCUAAAUAGAUGAUACAAAUAUUAAUAAUAAAAAUGAUAAUCUUAAUAUUAAUAAUUAACAAAUAAUUACUAAUUCUCCUAAAUUUAAAGAUGAUGAAGAACAUAUUGUCUUAAGACACAGAAGAAGAAGACAUCCACAUAGAACUAAAAGUGCAAUUAAUUAUGGUUGA